AUGCAUUUCAAGUAUUUUCUUCAGGUCAGCGGGCUGGCCCUUUUGACUGGUGCCGUAAGUGCCCAGCUGGAUACCAACGCUCUCGGCCUCAAUCCUGUGCUCGGAACCAACCCUCUCGGUGGUACUGGUGGCGCAAGCCAUUCCGUGAGCCCGACCUCAACUCCCGUUCCAACCAGUUCGCCCGUCACCGAUCAUAAGCGAUUUAGAAAUCCUAGCUUCCGGCGAGUUGCGAAAAAAGAUAUCGGGGGAAAUCUAGGUGGCGAACCUCUUGAGAACUUCGUGGGAAGAAAAAGCUCGCCUUCUGCGAGACCAUCUUCGUCAAUUGCCACGCCUACCUCCAGCCCAAGUGGAACCCCAACUGCAGUGCCACGAUCAAACAAGGGGAUUUAUGGAAGAGAUGGCGGUAAUUACGAGGCCGACUCAACGAUUCCGGUAAACUUGGGUCAACUUCUCUCAGGAAGAGAUAACGGAAACUACCAGGCCGACUCGACAAUUCCGGUGAAUCUGGGCCAGCUACUCUCAGGAAGAGAUAUCAGCAGCUCCGAUGCCGACUCGACUGUUCCAGGAAACCUAGGUAGCUUGUUGGGUGAUGAAGACUCCCUGUCCACAAAGCCUUCUACCCAGAGCCCAAAACCCAGCUCAACUAGGCUUCCAGCAAAGCACGCCAAACCGUCGACCAGCACAAGUGGAUUUUCAAAGAAUCAGGCCAGCCCAUCGCCCACCCCUACGCCCUCGACAAUUAUCAGAAGACGCCGCCGUGCCAACUUGGGAGGCUCUUCGAAGGCCCCUUCUCCCUCAGUCACGCCGACCUCUGUUGCCUCAACUGCCUUUGCACCUACUUCCAUGCAGACAAAAGCCCACUCAACCCCGCUGGAAUUUUCCUCGAAGGAAACCGGUGUCACCAAGGGAUCCAUUUAG